UUGCGCAGGCGCAGUUGCUCUCGUAGGGGCUGGAGGGACGACAUCCAUUUUGUUUUCGCAUCCCGGCAGCUGGUAGAAACCGCCCAAGAAGGGUAGAGCACGCUCUUUCCGUGCGUAGACUGGGCCGCCGUUUUCUUCAGGACAUCAACUUUAUUAAUGAAAGAGGCCUUCCUGCAGUUAUCGCACAGCUCAAGAGCCUGAUCGCCCUUUUUUUGGCCAAGCUUGGCGUCCCGACAGUUUCUGAGUUUGAUUUGGAAUUUGCGCAGCCAUGGCUCGUGGUCCCAAGAAGCAUCUGAAGCGCGUAGCAGCUCCAAAGCAUUGGAUGCUGGAUAAACUGACGGGUGUGUUUGCUCCUCGUCCAUCUACCGGUCCCCACAAGCUGAGAGAAUGUCUCCCUCUUAUCAUUUUCCUGAGAAACAGACUGAAGUAUGCCCUAACAGGAGAUGAAGUGAAGAAGAUUUGCAUGCAGCGGUUUAUCAAGAUUGAUGGCAAGGUCCGAACUGAUGUAACCUAUCCUGCUGGGUUUAUGGAUGUCAUCAGCAUUGACAAGACCGGAGAGAAUUUCCGACUGAUUUAUGACACCAAAGGUCGCUUUGCUGUUCAUCGUAUUACACCUGAGGAGGCCAAGUACAAGUUGUGUAAAGUAAGAAAGAUCUUUGUGGGCACAAAAGGAAUCCCUCAUCUGGUGACUCAUGAUGCUCGCACCAUCCGCUACCCCGAUCCUCUCAUCAAAGUGAACGACACCGUUCAGAUUGAUUUGGGGACUGGCAAAAUUACUGAUUUCAUCAAGUUUGACACUAGUAACCUGUGUAUGGUGACCGGAGGGGCUAACUUGGGAAGAAUUGGUGUGAUCACCAACAGAGAGAAACACCCUGGCUCUUUUGAUGUGGUUCAUGUGAAAGAUGCCAAUGGCAACAGCUUCGCCACCCGGCUCUCCAACAUUUUCGUUAUUGGCAAAGGCAACAAACCGUGGAUUUCUCUUCCCCGUGGCAAGGGUAUCCGCCUCACUAUUGCUGAAGAGAGAGACAAGAGACUGGCAGCCAAACAGCAGUGGGUGAAAUGAUCUCUAGGUGACAGAUUGGAAAAGUCUUUGUACCUAAUUAAAGUUAAAUAUAGCAUGAAAAAAAGUUUUGUUUGUACAUUUCUAGAGCAAAGUGUCAAAGUGUAUUUGGGAGUCUCAGAAAGUCCAUGUCUCAAAGUUACUAAUGUGUAUAAUUGAUAAAGGCAGGAAUCACCUAAUGGGAUACCACUAUGUGGUGGUGGUCUCCUUUGCCUUAAAUGGUCUUUCCAUUCCAGUUAAGCAGGGGUGAUUGGAAGCAUUUUAUAAACACUGGUAAUAAGGCUUUCUUUGUGUAGUUGACUAAACUAUUAAAUAUAAGCUGGACAAUGGUAAAUUGUAAUGUAGCAGCUUGGCUUUAAUCACCAAUGCUCUAUUUGAAUUGCAAGAGUGAAGUUUAGGGGAAUAUAUCUUAAAGAAUCAGUGGGAAUCCUGAGCAGCUCAACCCCUACAUGCUUGGGCCCUCUCAGUAUGAGUCAGUUCCAUAAAUAGGGUCCAAUGGCUACCUCUUUGGAAGAGCCUCACUCCUGGUCUGUCCCACUGUUGUAUCUGCUGAGAUCUUUUAGUGAAACUGCCCCUCCUCCCCUGACAAGACAAAGUAAAACUUGUUUUUUUUUUUACCAGCCGGCAUCCUGCCUACAUGAUUCCCAAUUCUCUUUGCUAGCAGAGAGCAUGACUCUGCCUACACCUUGAUUUCAGACUUCUAGCCUCCAAAAAGGUGGAAAUAAAUUUGGUUUUUUAAGUCAAGUUUAUUGAGAUAUAAUACAGUUUCGUGACUUGAAUGUGUAAAUCUCCAAAUGUUCCCUCACACCCCUUUGUAAUCUUUCCCGACUCCAAGGUCCUGGUACCACUGAUCUCUGACUCAUUUUACCUUUUCUGGAAUAUAUAAACAAAAGCAUAUAACAUAUAAA